GGACCGCAAACAAGAUUUCACCAUGGCUGUCUAUUCAUCUGUGUGGCUGGCUAUGGUCGCACUAGUGGUGACGUGUGUCAGAGCAGAGUUGUCUACAGCGAUGCCGGAAGAGGAAGCGCUUGUACUUGACGUCAUCAAGGACGCUCCCAAAGAAGCCGUGUACUUCUUGUUUGAUAUCAAGGGUACGCAACUCACUUCCGAUAAUGUUAACAAAGCUUUUGAAGGACGUCCCGUGAUCUACAAAGUCAAGGUGGUAGGAACCCAGCGCUAUUUCGUCGUCUUAGAAAGCAAACCUGGUGACCGCGCUGCUCUGAAGGACCUCGUCAUCCCUCAGGCCACACACGUGGAGGUGUUCACAGCUGAACAUGCCAGCGAUUUCUUCCUUUACCAAGGGGUGUCAGGCCUGCAGGACAACGAGUUUGUGCGCCUGGAUGAUGAGAACCUAUUCAUAACGGAAUUCACCAUGCGGGAAGAGGGUAUGAACUUAACAAUGAUUAAAGACAACUUCAAAGAAAUCCUGAGAUCUGCACUUGUAGCCAACUUCUUCGAUAUCCGCGGGUUUCAUCUCACUGGGUGUUUGCCUUUUAAGCUCAUCGUGUUUAUCCGCCUUAGUCCGUUCCGGAUUGACAGAGCGUAUCUAGAAAUGUCAAGCUUCGUUGGCGGACCUUACCAGUUGGAAGUAAAGACACGACCUAUCGUCAACAUCUGACGAAUGCAAGCAUACCAUCUCUGAAAACAUGUGUUAUAACAAACUUAACAUGUGUUAGUCAAAUGCUCCAAAAUAAAAUAAAGUACAGUCGGAA